UGAAAACUAAAUACUAAUUAGUCAGUAAGUGUAUAAUAAUUACGAUAGUUGUACGUAUUGUGAAUAAAAUAAUAAUUGUAAAAAUGGAUGCUUUAUUACAAGAAGAGCUGCCUGAAAUAGUUAGUAAUGGUGCGUUUGGAAAAAACCUCAAAUAUGUUUCGUUUGAAUUGAACAAGGAAUACGUUGGAGAGGAUCAGUACAUGUCCACUGUGGUAUUUGGUACAGUGACAACUUCUGACAAAUCACAAUAUCAGGUUGUAAUUAAAUUAAAACUUCGAGAUGAGGAGCUAAGAGUUAGGUUUAAAAUCGACUUUCAAUUCCAUAACGAAAUUACCAUGUAUGAAAAAAUUAUACCAUUUUUAUUUGAAUGCCACCGAUCAUUAAAUGAAGCCGAAGACUGCAGGCCAUCAUUAGCUCGAUUUUUUUACGGUCGUAAUAAAUGUGGCGAAUACUUUGAAAGAGAUUUAAUAGUGUUAGAAAAUGUUAAACCUCUGGGAUUCCAAUUGAGCGAAGAACGGCUGUUUAUUGACUAUGAUCAUGUUGUAUCUGCAUUACGAGCGUUAGCAAAGUUUCACGGGUUGUCAUACACAGCGAAAUAUAAAGAUCCACACAGAUUACAAAAAAUCAUCAUGUAUCUUCGGGAUACUCAGUUUGACGUGAACGGACAAUGGUUACUAACGAACAAUGCAUUAAAGAAAUUAUGCAAACGAGGAGUCGACCGCCUGCUUGAACGUAGCGGUGACCUUUACCGGGACAACAAGCACUUGCGACGAUUUAACGAGCUUAUCGAUGAUGGAAAUAACACACUGAGGCGUGCGCUGCAUCAUCGAGAACCGUUCUCUGUCGUGUGCCACGGGGACUUCAACAGGAACAAUGUGUUAUUUCAGUACGACGAUUCUGGUCUUCCAGUCGACGUGCUACUGUUCGAUUUUGGUACUCCUCGUUACGGGUCACCGGCGUUAGAUAUUUCGUUUUUCUUGUACAUGAACACUACGAAAAAUAUGCGUGAAAAUCACUGGGACGACUUAUUGAACGAAUACUGUGCCACUUUGGCGAAAUCCGUACCUUCUGUCGUUUGCGUGCCGAACAGGGCUCAACUGGACUCUGAAAUGGCCGCGAGCGCUAUUUUUGGCUUUGCACAUGCGUCAUUUUUCCUACCCUGCCAGAUUGAUCCUAAUCCUACAGAUUUGGAAUUGGAUGAAGAAAAAAAUAUUAAGUUGUUAUUACAAAAGGGGGGAGACAAAGGAACGGAUAUGGUGGCUGAUCUAGUUCAACACAUUGUCGAUAUGGGAUACACGAAUGUGUCGCGACGCAUUUACGACGGAAUUGAACGCGCGAUGAACACGAGUCGCGACUCGCUCAAGCAGUGGCUGUCGGACGUGCUGACGGCCGACGGGGCGUACGGCGCCACCGCCGACCGGCCGGCCACGUUCGACCCGGACAGGGAUCCCCGGCACGCGUCCCGGCCCAAGCAGACGCAGCGGCUGUCGUCGGUGGUGGCGUCCGGUCGGCUGACCGUGGCGGCCGGCGGGUCGCGCGGCCCCGUGGACGUCCGGCUGACCGUCAAACUGAAGCCGCCCGUGGAACUGCUGCGCACCGUGCUCAAGUCGGACCGGCAGUUCCACAACGAGAUACACGCGUACCAGAACGUGUUGCCGUUCCUGUCCGAACACCUGCCGGAGGGGGCCCGCGGUCCCGCGCUGCCCGUGUUCGUGUACGGCCGCAACGAGUGCGGCGCCCGGUGGCCAGAGGACGUCGUCGUGCUGGUGGACCCGCGCGGCCAGGGCUAUACGCUCGCCCGCGCCCCGGAACACGGUGGCGGCGCCGCGAGCGCGCACAUGGACUACAACCACCUGGCCGUGGCCAUCGCCGCGCUCGGCCGGUUUCACGGCAUGUCGUUCACCGCCAAGCAGAAGAACCCCGUGGCCUUUCGCAAGCUGGUGGGCAACCUGCGCGAGAUCCAGUGGGACGAGGACGGUUGGCUGGUCAAGGGCAACGGGCUCAAGUCGCUGAGCAUGCGCGGUGCCCGGCCGCUGAUGGACCAGGAAAAGUACCGGGACGGCAAGCUCAAGGGAUUCCUCACCAUGAUCCGGGAGGCGGACCGCAACCUUAAACUGGCGAUGACGCCCAAGGAACCGUUCGCGGUCAUAUGUCACGGUGACUACUGCAAGCCCAACAUACUGUUCGAGUACGACGAGGCCGGACAGCCGCGGGACGCCAUGAUCACCGAGUUCACAGCCGUCAGGUACGGUUCGCCCGGACUGGACUUGUCAUACUUUCUGUACAAAAACGCGGACAAAGACGUGCAGGACAACCGGUGGGAAGACCUGUUGGCCGUCUACUUGGAAUCGGUGGUUGCCGUGCUGCCGGCAGACGUUAAGGCGCCCACCGCGGAGCAGCUGCACCACGAGCUCAGGUUCCACGCGCUAUACGGUUACGCACACCUGUUGUUCGCCGUGCCGAACAUGAUCAACGACAACCCUCGUGGACUGUUGGACAUCGAUGGCGACGACGACAAGACGACCGUCGAAGACCUGCUGGUCGCCCGGAUCGACGCGGCUGACGAGAAGAUAACCGAAAUCCUUUCAGGGACCGUCCGUCACAUCAUCGACCACGGUUACGCGGAGCAGUACGAGUUCUCUUCGAAUUCCCGCCUGUAGAGUGAAGACGAAUAUGGCGUUCUGUCGAUAAUAUACGUCUGUUUUGACGUUAUGUAUUAUAUUUUUAAUUAUUACUAGGAUUAUGAAUUUGUAGCAACGCGUAUUUUUUUUUAUUAGUUUAUUGUUAAUUGUACCUUUCUUUACAGAAAGUUUCAUUAAUAUUAUAUGACAAUGAAUUUAAGUUUAAUGCAUAUUUUAUUUCGAAUUAAUUAGGUAUAGGUAAUUUUUUUUUAUUUAUUGCAUUUCAAUAUGCAGUUUUAAAGAUUUUAAUUGUAUUUAUUAAACAUUUAUUAUAGUGCAUAGACAGCUCUAACUAUUAUUAUUUUAUCGGUCCAGCGCAAAAUCGUUUUCUUUUGUUUUAAAUCCACGAAUUACGUUUUGCCUCCACCGCCAUAAUGUUAUCACCUCUUCAGACCGUACGGUAUAAACUUACCGAUGCGUUAAUUAUUCAGCUUUAGCCGGCGCUUUCACAAAAUUAUCGUCACGUCCCACUCGGUCGGUACCUACGAAAAGACGAUGGUGUCGGCGUCGUUUCUUCUAAACCGUAAAGUUCAUAUCUAUAAAUUGUCCUGCAUCUCAUCUCUCCGGCUGAAUAUCAUUAUACUACGAUUGUUUUUCGUCCAAUCGCGUAAAUAUAAUUCAAUAUAAUAUUAUUAUAACGUUUGCCAGAGAUAGAAGGAAUAAUAAUAUAAUAAAAAAUACUUUCCUAAUUCAAUUAACCUGUAAUUUAUAAUACAACAAUAUUUGUAUUGUUAUCGUUUGUUCGGUGUCGGACGAAACGAAAAAAAAACAAACUAAACAAUUUUUCUACCCGAGCCCGCGAGCCCGCCCUCCCGCACUGCAUUAUUAUAUACCGUUCGAUAUCGCGGAAAAUCCGCUCUUCCUCUUCCACCCCACUGCCAUGACCGAACACCGUGGUCCCGAUACCAUUUGCCCGAAUGGAUUUCCAACCAUAUCCGAUUUUAACUGCGCCCUGGCGGCCAAUAAAUCUGAAUUUAACCGUAGUCCACGCGCAUAAAACAUUUGUCGUUGCCGCCAGCUAAACGCGCAUUAACAACCCUUCACCUCCACUACCAGGACCGUAAGUAAAUCGUAACCGUAGCCACCGUCACCCGACGCCGCCAUCACCAAAACCUCCGUCGUCCGAUCCGUGUUCCGCAGCAGGUCCUUUCCUAUAAUAUGUACGCGUGUCUUUUUACCUAUAUAGCACGAUAGGAUGGUGGCAUGGGAAUAUGAGGUGUCGACCCGAAGGGUAUACGUAUAACACAACCCGAUAUGGUUAACAGAUGUCGAUCGCUACUCUGUGCGCGUGUGUGUGUGUGUGUGUGUAUCUUAUCGAUAAUCCGACAAGAGACCAAAAACAUUGUAUUAUUAUUAUUAUUUUAUUAUUGUAAUGUUAUAAUAAAGUGAAUAUACGUACGUCGGAAACUGUAAAUAAAUUUAAGCCGUAACUUGUUUAAAGUUUUUUUUUCAGAUCGAAAAAAAAUACGAGAGAAACGGGAAGUCGAUUUCCAUUCGCUAAUUGCCCCAUAACUCAAAACGACGGUAUUUUUUCCGAUACGCAUUUUGUAGGACUGGUAAUUUUUCAAACAAAAUCAGACUGGUAGGUAUUAUUAUAAAAUUAUUUUCUUAUUUCAGAAAGUCACUCCUAAUGUAAUUAGUUUUUGACGUUCGUCGAUUUUUCAAGAAAUAUAUUUCCUUUGUUAACAUUUAUUUUUCGUACCGAUAACGAACUAUAUGCCCAGUGUGUAUUCAACAUUGUAAGAUCAUUAAACUUAUUAGAAAAAGCAGUUUAAUAUAUGUCGUCAUUACUGAUUUUGUGUUAUUCGAUUUGGAUUGUAAACAUGUUAGUAUAAUAUAAUUAUCUUAUAUUAUUAAGAA